AUGAAAAUGAAGGAAGACUCAGAAGGAAAAAGGGCAAACCUUCUUCAGGGGUUUAUAAAAUCCAAGGAAGAUUCAGAAGAAAAAAAGGCAAACCUUCUUCUGGGGUUUAUAAAAUCCAAGGAAGAUUCAGAAGAAAAAAGGGCAAACCUUCUUCAGGGGUUUAUAAAAUCCGAGGAAGAUUCAGAAAGAAAAAGGGCAAACCUGCUUCAGAUGAUAAUACAAACCAAGGAUGAUUUAGUACAAGAAAAUGAAAACCUACUUCAGGAGUUGAAUAAAACAGAGGAAGAUUCAGAAAGAAAACAGUCAGAAAUUCUUCAGGUGUUCAAGAAAACUGAGGAAGAUUCAAAAAGAGAGGUGGCAAAAUUUCUUCAGGAGUUUCAGAAAACUGAGGAAGAUUCAAAACGAGACGAGGCAAAUCUUCUUCAGGAGUUGAAUAAAACUGAGGAAGACUCAAAAAGAAAAAAGUCAGAAAUUCUUCGGGUGUUAAAGAAAACUGAGGAAGAUUCAAAACGAGAAAAGGCAAAUCUUCUUCAGGAGUUAAAGAAAAAUGAGAAAGAUUCAGAAAGAAAAAAGUCAGAAAUUUAUCAGGAGUUAAAGAAAACUGAGGAAGGGUCAAAACAAGAGGAGGCCAAAAUUUUUCAGGAGGUAAAGAAAACUGAGGAAGAUUCAAAACAUGAGAAAGCAAACCUACUUCAGGAGUUAAAGAAAAGUGAGGAAGAUUCAAAUCGAGACGAGGCAAAAUUUCUUCAGGAGUUUCAGAAAACAGAAGAAGAUCUAAAACGAGAGGAGGCAAAACUUCUUCAGGAGUUAAAGAAAACGGAGGAAACUUCAAAACAAGAGGAGGCAAAACUUCUUCAGGAGUUAAAGAAAACUGAGGAAGAUUCAGAAAGAAAAAAGUCAGAAAUUCUUAAGGAGUUCAACAAGCUGAGGAAGGUUCAAAACGAGAAAAGGCAAAUCUACUUCAGGAGUUAA